AUGGUACUGAAUGAUACAGGAGGCUCGGUCAACAUUCUCUGCAAGUCAUCCAUGGAAAGAAUGAAGUUGUUAGUACAGGACUUGGAACCAUGUAAUCAUACAAUUUAUGGUUUCACAAAAGAAGGGCUUACACCAGCAGGGUCGAUCAGACUCCUAGUCACCACAGGAACAACACCUGGGAAUCGGACAAUAUUGGCUACAUUCAUUGUAGUCAAUUUCCCGUCAGCUUAUAAUGUUGUUAUUGGAAGACCCAUAUUGGUAGAUCUCCAAGUAGUCAUGUCAAUAUGGUAUCUCGCCAUGAAGUUCCCAACAGAUUCAGGAAUAAGAUAUGUUUUUAAAAAUCAGAGGGAAGUUCGAGAGUGUUACAACUCCUCCAUUACAAAAGCAAAGAAAGGAGGAGAGAACACCAACAUGAUUUUUUCGAGCAGCCCUAGUGUAGAUGAAGGAAAGUUGCAAGUAUUCAACUAUGCCAAUGAACUACAUGCCCAAUCAGGUGAUCAAGUCACCAAAUAG